UGAGACUCCCAGUCAGCCAUUCUCAGUUCUUCUGGGCUUUAAAAAAGUUUUCAUUGCAUUUUUGUAUUCAUGUGUUAUUGGGUAUUAAUGCCACCAUACCCAAUUUUAUGUGGUACUGUAAAUCAAAUUUAGGACUAAAUGCAUGUUAGAUCAACAUGCUAACAUGCUCAGCCCAGUUCCAGCGUUUGAGUAGCUACUUCUUUUAUUAGGGUGGCUCUUCUUUGAGCUUUGCUAAAUUCACACUUGAUUCUCCACAUUGUAGCUGUAAUGGCUUUGGUCAUUACACCUAAACUUUGUACACCUCGUUGUAGUUUUCUUGUAUGGAUUUCCUGUGGUCCUCCAGUAGACAUCUUGUUCAUCUCGGUGGCCAUGCUCCUCUCAGUCUAAGUUCACACUAAGCCUAAGUUCACAUUCUGAUGCAGCCAUGAUGCAGUUUUAAGAGUAUCUUCAGUCUGCCCUGCCCUGUUGUUUCUGUCUUCUGCCUGCAACUCUCUCCCUCCCUCACCUAGCGUCUGGUAAGCCUCAGUUCUCUAUUAGCCCCUAGUUACAAUGGAGAUGAGAGCGAGCAAGCCUGGAGCACAGGGACAGGGCAGAUAGGUCAGGGCCCUGCUGGCACAAAGAGCAACAUUGCUAGACAUCUGAACACCGCCUGGGGCCAGCCAGGUCAGCCUGUGAGCUUUUGGGAGAGCCCUGGAAGCACUUAAGCAGGUCUGUGAUGUUCAGGAAGUGGGGCCCCAGGAAGACAGACAUCUGCAAGGGCCUGCCAUCCCAAGCUCUCUUCCUGAUGAUGUUUUUUUUUUUUUUUUUUUUUUUUUGUUCAAGGGCUAGGUCCCCUUGGCUAGCUGAGCUUUGGAAUUUGGACAGGGAGAGAAAAUGAAAAGAGUCAGAGGCAGGGACUGACACAGCAACCCUCAUGCAGGCUGCAUGUGAGGGACAGUGCCCACAAUGCUCCAUUCUCUUAGCAGAGGAAGACCCCAUGAACUACUUAGUAUCUGCAGCAAAUCAGCGGCAGAGCCAGGCCUGGCUCUUAGACUUGCUUGGACUGGAACAGUAAAGCCAUUCUGAGAAAGCCUGCAAGAGUGCCAGGCUCUGGGUUUUGGUAGAAGGCCUUCAGACAUGAUUGGGAAGCCACAGGGUUCUGCCUUAAGGCAGUUGGUCCAGUGUCUCUAAAUGACAUGUUGACAGACUUGAGCCUACUGGGGCAGCCCAAGCUAGCAGACUGACAGACGAGCUUGACAGGAACCCGUAGGUCAUGUCUGUGGCACAUCUUCUCAUGCCUUGGGCAGCAUAAAGCUUGGAACAGCUUCUUCUGCAUUGCAGUGGGAGCUGAGCCCAGCCUCCUACUCCUGUCCCCGAGUGCCAGAAGUAGCUUCCUACGCUUCCCAGCAACAGAUGCUCUGAAGGAAUAGUGGGACACCACCUCCACCAGCAACCAUAGGGACAGCAGCUGAUGGGGGGAGAGAGGAGUCCAGGGCUGUUAAUACCCCCAGCACCAUCCCUGACCUAACUCCUCAGAAGGCUACAGCCAAGUCAGGCUCUGCUGUCCCUGUUGGAACUUCAUGGGUUAAAGGCUCAGGUGGCUUUCCUCCAGGGGGAGAGGAAAGGCCAAGAGAAUCUAAAGACGGACCUGGUGCGGCGGAUCAAGAUGCUGGAGUAUGCACUAAAGCAGGAGAGGGCCAAAUAUCAUAAACUGAAGUUUGGUACAGACCUGAAUCAGGGGGAGAAGAAGACAGAUCUGUCAGAACAAGUCUCCAAUGGCCCUGUAGAGUCGGUCACACUGGAGAACAGCCCAUUGGUGUGGAAGGAGGGUCGACAGCUUCUGCGACAGUACCUGGAAGAGGUGGGCUACACAGAUACCAUCUUGGACAUGCGGUCCAAGCGUGUGCGUUCCCUUCUGGGCCGUUCACUGGAACUCAAUGGGGCCGGUGAGCCCGUUGAGGGGGCCCCCAGGGCUUCACCAGGCCCUGGGGGACUUAGCGGUGGCGAGUCUCUACUGGUAAAACAGAUCGAGGAACAGAUCAAGAGGAAUGCAGCUGGCAAAGAUGGCAAGGAGCGCCUGGGUGGCUCGGUGCUGGAGCAGAUACCCUUCCUGCAGAACUGCGAGGAUGAAGACAGCGAUGAGGAUGAUGAACUGGACAGUGUGCAGCAUAAGAAGCAACGUGUGAGGCUCCCAUCCAAGGCCCUAGUGCCUGAAAUGGAGGACGAGGAUGAAGAGGAUGACUCAGAAGAUGCCAUCAAUGAGUUUGAUUUCCUGGGCUCAGGAGAGGAUGGAGAGGGGUCUCCAGAUCCUCGACGUUGUACUUCAGAGGGGAACCCCCAUGAGCUGGAAAGCCGUCGGGUCAAACUCCAGGGAAUUCUUGCUGACCUCCGGGAUGUGGAUGGGCUGCCCCCGAAAGUGACUGUCCCACCUCCUGGCACACCCCAGCCCCGGCCUCAUGAAGGUUCCUUUGGCUUCUCCUCAGACGUCUUCAUCAUGGACACUAUCGGGGGCGGGGAGGUGAGCCUGGGGGACUUGGCAGAUCUCACCGUCACCAAUGACAACGACCUCAGCUGUGAUCUGUCUGACAGCAAAGACGCUUUCAAGAAGACAUGGAACCCCAAGUUUACCCUCCGCUCACACUACGAUGGCAUCCGCUCCCUGGCCUUCCACCACAGCCAGUCAGCACUGCUUACUGCCUCUGAGGAUGGCACACUCAAACUGUGGAACCUGCAGAAGGCAGUUACGGCCAAGAAAAAUGCUGCACUGGAUGUGGAGCCGAUUCAUGCUUUCCGAGCUCACAGGGGCCCGGUGCUGGCAGUCACCAUGGGCAGCAACAGCGAGUACUGUUACAGUGGUGGGGCUGAUGCCAGGAUCCACAGCUGGAAGAUUCCUGACCUCAACAUGGACCCAUAUGAUGGCUAUGACCCAAGUGUGCUGAGCCAUGUCCUGGAAGGCCAUGGGGAUGCUGUGUGGGGUCUGGCCUUCAGUCCCACCUCCCAGCGCCUAGCAUCCUGCUCUGCCGAUGGCACCGUCCGCAUCUGGGAUCCCAGCAGCAGUGGUCCAAGCUGCCUCUGUACCUUCCCCAUGGAUGGAGAACAUGGAAUUCCCACCUCAGUGGCCUUCACCAGCACUGAACCUGCCCAUGUCGUGGCCUCCUUUCGUUCUGGUGAUACCGUUCUUUAUGACCUGGAAGCUGGCAGCGCCCUUCUCACAUUGGAGUCUCGAGGGAGCAGUGGCCCAGCACAGAUCAACCAGGUGGUGAGUCACCCAAGCCAGCCUCUCACCAUCACUGCACACGACGACAGGGGCAUCCGGUUCCUGGACAAUCGAACAGGUAAAUCUGUGCAUUCCAUGGUGGCCCACCUGGAUGCAGUCACCUGCCUAGCUGUGGACCCAAAUGGCGUGUUCUUGAUGUCAGGAAGCCACGACUGUUCUCUGCGUUUAUGGAGCCUAGACAACAAGACAUGUGUGCAGGAGAUCACGGCCCACCGCAAGAAGCAUGAGGAGGCCAUCCAUGCAGUGGCCUGCCAUCCCAGCAAGGCACUUAUUGCCAGUGCUGGUGCUGAUGCCCUAGCCAAGGUCUUCGUAUGAUCCCACCUGGCCUCGCCCUGGCUGCACAGUGUCAGGGAGCGGGGCCAGGCAGUGGGGCUGAGGCAGCCCCCAGCCUCACCUUCAGAGGCUCUGAGUCUUGGCCUCUUUCAUCUUCCUGGAGCCUGGUGGUGCUAAAGGCCCUUUCCCCAGGAGUCACCCCUCAAGGAUGGCCUCUGGGGUUUCUGCUCAUGCCCCAACCCCAACUCCUGACAUAGCUGUCGUCCUGAGUUUGACACAGCCCAGGCUGGGUGUCCUUUGGGAUCUGAUUUUGACCAAGAUGAAAGAAGAUGCCAGGCUCCCUCCUAGAGUGCCACCCUCCCUCAUUCAUCAGAUGAAGGGCUGUGCAGAGAGGGGUCUCCUGGGGCCCUCCUAUGUGGGCCCCAGGUUGUCCUUUUGGACCUCAGUCCAUUCCUCUUGCUUCCCAACACUAACCAAGCCUCUGGGGCCAGGCCUUCCUGGGAAGGGCCUCCACUCCUCUGGGGCAUUGUCCUAGCCACAGGCCCUCCUUGAGAUGUAGAGAGAGGGUGGAGUGGGCCCUGUGCCCCUAGUUCUCUGUAUAUCUGUAUAAAGGAAUGGGAUUUUAAUGGCACCCACCCCACGUUAUCACUGUGUGAUAGUCUGUCAGUCUCCUCCUUGCUCCACACUUUGGCCUCUAUUUAUUUCACUCUUUAUUUGGGUCCCACCUUAUGCCCUCGGUUCCCCUUUCAGGUUCCUGUUCAUAAGCCCCUUCCUUUUUGCCCCAACUUGUAUGUGAAAAAAAUUGUCUCAAUAAACCCUUUGGAGUAAGA